AUCUAUCGGAUUCUUUAGUAACUAAUUAGGUAAACAAAUGAAUUUUUUUUUUCACUUUUUGAUUGUAAGAAAAAUGGUUUUCAAAUUUUUAAUUCAGGCCUUCCUCAGGACACAGAGUUCACCUUACAUCGAAUCAUUAAUAGAUAAACUAUCCAAUACCAGGCCUAUUAGACGAUCUGCUCAAUUGGCUGCUUAUUUUAUUACCAAAGGAAGUCAAUCAAUUGGUAAAGAUUUGCAAGGAUUAUUUAACUCGAAAGGAAUCAAAGCAAUUAAAGAUAAAUUUAGUGGAGGAGGAGGAGGUAGUGGAUCAAAAUAUUAACUAAUUCAAUCGCAAUUACAAAUAUAAAUAUUGUAUCAAUUUUAGUUUAUUAAUCAAAUUACCUGUUUACCCGAGUUGAGAAUGGUGUUAAUUCAAUUUGCCUGUGAUACACUUACAAUUAAUUAUCUUCUUGUAGUAAUAUAUUUGUGUACAUAUUAUAUGAAUGGAGGAGGAAGAUGAAAACAAAAAAGUACAGAUAAAUGAAGAGUGACCAAUCAAAGCUGACCUGUGAUGAUGAUUAAAGUAAUUGCUGUUUGAUUGGGGUUAAAUCAUCUUCCAAUAGGAAUCAAAUCAAAUCAAGUUAAUUGUGAUCAAGUGAUUGGUGGUGAAAUUGUGAGUCUCAGGAAUCUAGUUAAUUGUCAACAAUUUUAAUCCAAUUGGAUUCAGAAUAUCAACUCGACCAAUGGAUCACCCGACGGCUAAAGAUGUGAACAACUGCCCUUCCGCAGACCCACCGCGACCCUCAUCACCACCACCACCACCGCCGCCAUCGCAAAUCGUAUCAAACGCAAAUGUAAUCCCAGUACCCAGUCCCACUUUUUUACCCUCCGUGAUUAACGUGACAGGUAAACCAAUAAGUAAAAGGUUAUCGGUGAAAAAAGCGACACCAACAUCAACUUUACCUCUUCCAAGUUCGGUAAAUUUAUCUGUUCCCAAUGGUACAAGUGCUAAUCCCGUUUCGAGUGAAACAAUGUCGACAAAUGUUGUACCUGUUAAACGGCCUUGUGUUGACCCGGAAGAUGAUACAAAGUCCGCUCUAAAGGAAAUGUUUCUUCCCGUUAUGUUGAGUGGUUUUGGUAACAUGGGCGCUGGUAUGGUUUUAGAACGGGUUCAAUUUAUGGACAUUUUCAUGGCGAUUCCCCAGCUUAUUCAACUGGUUCCACCGUUACUUGGUCUUAAGGGUAACGUUGAGAUGACCCUCGCCUCGCGUUUAUCAACCCACGCCAAUUUAGGCCAUCUUUCCGAUAAAAAGACUCGAAGACGUAUCAUCAUUGGUAAUAUUGCUCUAUGUCAAUUCCUCGCCACCGGGGUUGGUUUCAUAGCGCCGAUAAUUGCACUUUUACUUUCACACUUUCAAAUCACCGGUUCUCAUGAUACAUCACCCGUUAUUCAUCAACCACCCUCAUUGAUGGUCAACGAUGGUCAUCUUUCGGCAACCUCAUUGUUAAGUUCGUCUAAUACAAUCGGCAGUGGUUCGACCUCAUCAAUGGUCACCUUUGAUGUUGAUCAUACGAAAGAUUUUGUCUCACCUCAGUUGACCAAAAGCCUUUUGGUUGUGGCCAUUUUUCUGGCCACUUCGGGGUUAGCCGAUGUAAUCCUUUCAUCGACCAUUACCUGUGUUGUUAUCAUUUGCUCUCAAUUUCUUGGUAUUAAUGCCGAUAAUGUGGCCACACCAAUUGCCGCUUCGGUUGGUGAUCUUAUGACGAUGUGUUUCCUUGUCUAUGUUUCAAAUGGACUUUACAAUUUAACAAAGAUCCUCCCAUGGGCACCAUUAGUACCCUUGAUCAUAUGGACGGUAAUCGUUAUUUGUACCGGUAUAAUUGCUCGGAGAAAUCCGUUCACCAGGUCAAUAGUUUUCCAUGGUUGGUCUCCGCUUGUUGUCUCAAUGUUAUUACAAAAUAUCUCCGGUGUAAUCAUGGAAACAUCGCUUCGGCGUUUCCCUCGAAUGGCCAUUUAUCAGCCCAUAAUCAACGGAUUCGGGGGGAACCUUGUGGCCAUUCAAAGCUCGCGAGUGGCCACUUACCUUCACAAACACGCACCCAAACGGGAAUUGGUCAACGAAAGUGACUCUUGUUGCCAUUCACCGUUACUUUUUUUCUUUGGUGAAGGUCAGCACGGGAAAUUGGCAUUUCUAAUGGUUCUACUCGCAGGUCCAAUUCAAUUGCCCUUGGUACUAAUAUCGACCCUAUUGUCGCCCACCUCGCAGAUAACAAUUUCCCAAUUGUUGACUUACUAUUUUUGCGCUACAAUCCAAGUGAUCAUAAUCCUUUACAUUGGCUAUUGUUUUGUUAAUCUCCUUUGGGUAUUUGGUGCUAAUCCGGAUGAUAAUGCGAUACCAAUACUGACCGCUUUGGCUGACCUAUUGGGUACCAUAAUCCUUGUGUCGGGUUACAUGUUUCUGGCCUCAAUUGGUGAUAAAAACGCAACUCCAAUCAACGAGGACAAUUUAAUUUCCCCCGAAUCAAUAUCUUCAAUUGUUUACAAUGCAACGACAACUUUAAUCACAACCAAUAUCAAUAAUAAUAAUCAUACUAGUAAUCCGAUUGUUAAUUAUUCAAAAUAUAAUAGCUCAUUAUUAUCAUCAUUAUCAACAACAACUUCAUCACCUUUAUCAUCAUUAUUGUCAACAACAACAGUCUCAUCACAAUUAACUACAAUACCUUCAAUCAUUGCUACCAAAUUAAUUUCAACAACUUUGGCUCCAAUUUCAAGCAAUAUUAAUACAACAACAAUUAAUCAAUUUACCUCUUCGUUGAUUGCCAAUUUAACAACAACAAAAUCUACAAUUAAACCAACCAAUAUAACUUUCUGAAAUGAGGUGACACUUUUAAUUGAUCAUCAAGUGAUCAUGAUUAAUGAUGGAUUUAAUUUACUAUUGAAUUAUAUUAUAUUUUUCCCAACAAACAAUCAAAUAUUUUACUUAUUAUUAAUACUUAUAAUUGUCUUACUUAUUAUAAUUAUUAUUAGUUUUAAUUGUUGUUGUUACCAUUUUAAUAAAACAAUUAAACUUGCAAAAAUUAACCAACUGUACAA